ACAACAAGGACAGCGACGUCAGGUAGCGAGUUGGCUAAGUAUAAAAUCAGUUUUUCUGAUUAUGAAAUUGUCCAGAAGAAGAUUUUACAACAUGUUUCUGAAAGUUUGGAUUAAAUAUUAGUCUUAAAGUGAUUCAUGGCAUAAUUCUGUCCAAAUUAAUCUGUGUGCCAUAAUGGACUGGAUCAGUAAUGUAAGUUAUCAAGGUAUCAUGGCUAAGCUUGUCUUGAGCGUGUUAUGCAGUGCUUAGCAUCAGAACUUCCAAAUUACUGUGCUAACCUGAGCCAGACAUUUAUUCAUCCUCUUGGAGAUUAGCAGAUUGUGUGACGGGAAACGAUGGACCCCUGAGCUUCUUCUGUUUCGGCUUUUUGAGAAUGACAGACGUCAUGGAUGAUCCAGAAGAGUUGAGCACCGGGAUGCGUCCAGAUGAUGGAUCAGCGAGUGAGAAAGUAUGCGAGGAGACUGCGCCGAGUCUGUCAGAGGAAGUGGAAACAUCACAGGAGGUGCUGGAGGAUCCGAACUCUGAGUCCCACAGUGCGAAACAGCAAGAGGAAUUGGAGAAGGUGGAAGAGAGCGGAUAUGCAAGGACGAAUGGGGGUACGGAUCAGCUGGAAGAAGACGGGAAUGGUGUGUUUGAUGAAAUGGAUGAUGAGAAAGACGGUUGUAGGAAUGCCACCGGAAAGGAUGCAUCUGGAUCUCGGGGGAAGAAAGCAAAGUCGAGAAAAAGCAGCUCAGGUGAUCAGUUUUCAUCCUGGAUGUCGUCUUCGUCCUUUUCCUCAUCCUCCGGAGCAAGCAGACAUAAACAGAUCCGCCGGAGGAACCACCACCAUCACAACCAGGGCCGCCUGAGAAGACAAACGGGCUUCCAGCUUAUGGCAGCGUUCCGAGAUUUCCUGUCUGAAUCCGUCAGCCCGUGGAGUAUAUCCUGCAUCCACAUGGUGGUGGACCUGAUUGUGUCUCUGACCCACCACUGCGGAGUCGUCGUCGAAUCCGGAGCAAUUGCACUUUAUGACCUUGGCAUGUUCAUGCUCUUUAAGGUCACCGAUGUCCCGGGAAUGAAGCAGGAUUUAAGACGAGUUGUGGAUCGGACCCGGAGUUCGGGUGCAGCUCUGGCAGGCUGGGUUUGUAAAUCCACGAGCUCUACACGCCGUGUGCUGGUUUCUGCUUUCAGUCUCAUUAGUGGCGUAGUGUUCCUAAGUGCCGGGGUUGUGAGGAGUGUUGUGGAGAAGCUGGGUGGAGAAAGAGGCAGGCGAUGGUGGCUCAGCCUUCAGAACUGCUGGAUACUGAAGAAAGGAGUCGCGCUUAUGGGCAGGAUUAGAGGAUGGCUGUGGAAACGUGGCUCCACACACAUGACAGGGAAUCCAGAGUCUCCAUCCAGGACAGAGAGGAGUCAGCCUGGACAGGAGCUCGAGAGACUGCUGGCGUUGGCACAGAUCCCUGAAGAUGAGCUGGACCCGUUUAACGUGUUGGGUGUGAACACGCACGCCACAGAGUCGGAGCUUAAGCGGGCCUAUAGACAGCUGGCUGUACAGGUCCAUCCAGAUAAGAACAAGCACCCUCGAGCCGGCGAGGCCUUUAAAGUCCUUCGAGCAGCGUGGGACAUCGUGAGCAACCCUGAGACCCGGCGCGAGUACGAGCUGAAGCGAAUGGCAGCGUCAGAGCUCUCCAAAUCGAUGAACGAGUUCCUGACAAAGCUGCAGGACGACCUGAAAGAGGCCAUGAACACCAUGAUGUGCACCAAGUGUGAGGGAAAACAUAAGCGGUUUGAGAUGGAUCGUGAGCCCCAUGAAGCACGUUUCUGUGCUGAGUGUAAUAAACAGCACAGUGCGGAGGAGGGAGACCUGUGGGCGGAGUCCAGCAUGCUCGGUCUGAAGAUCACCUACUUCGCCUUCAUGGACGGCAAAGUCUACGACAUUACUGAGUGGGCGGGUUGCCAGCGAAUAGGAAUCUCCCCCGACACACACCGCGUCCCCUAUCACAUCUCUUUUGGCUCCAAAAGUAACAGUAGCUCCAACCGCCACAGAUCUCCCUCAGGCCAUACCCCAGCUCCAGGCUCUCCCUCUGACCUGCACGAUUUCUUCAGCCGUAUUUUCCAGGGUGCACCGGGCAGCGAUGCCUCACCCAACGGUGGAUUUUUCUCACCAGGAUCCACCCCGAAUCACCCCGGGGGGGCCAGCUCAGGACCGCCUCCUCAGUCUGGCUUUUUUACGCAGCGAGGAGAGACGGGCGAGAGCUGGAGUGAUGGAGGAAAAGGACAGCGUAGGAGGAAAAAAGCACGCAAGCCUUUUCAGCGCUGAGCGCCAGCACAAUGAGCUAUGAUGGCCACGGAGUAGACAACGGACUGAGGCGCCACCUGUGUUCUGUUCUCGACAGACACCAGACAGGUCGAAGGAAAGAACGGAGGGGUCUGUGAUUGUGCACGAGGUCAUCUCUGUGCCAACAGGAAAUCAAGGAGAUGACAGUUUGUGGAAGAAAAAUGAAACAAUAUCAAAGUGGUUUUUUUUUUUAAAUGAGCUCAUCCAUGCAGAAAAACAAUUGCCCAUGGCUUUUUUUUUUAAUUUGUUUUGCUUCCUGUCAUUCAGGUAGCCUUUCUCAAUGAAGACUGUGUCAUUUUUUUGUGUCAGUGUUUUACGAUUCUUCUUAACAGUCGGCCAUGAAGACACCUCAGGGAUGAUCAGAUGGUCUGCAAGGGCAGAAAGACACACACAGCUUGUAACGCCACCACGACGAUCGUCCGUAGUGUUUCAGUUUCAUUCAUACUUGAAUUUAUUUUGCGAUAUCUGUUUUUAAAGUAUGAGUUUUGCCUUGUUUGAAGCAGAGGUUAGACGUGAGGUGCAGAGAAAUGUCCUUAAACCUCCGCUAACAUUUAUUAUUGGAUUAUAAAGAGUCAAAAUAUUGUUUUGUUUUUUUGUUUGUUUGAAAUGAAGUCUUCUAAAACCAAAACUGGCAUUUUUCUAAAUUAUCAAAUGACAAAUUAAAGCAAGAGUUCAACUAAAAAUACUCCACAAUUUCUCACUGACCAGGAAAGUAGUCAAUCAGCUAAGGCAUGUUUGAUGUCUGGAAUUUGCUUCUUUAACCAGUGCUUACUCUUGUAACAGAACAAAGCAACAGGCAACAAGUGAGAUGUUCUUGAAAGACUCUACAGAAGGCAGUCAUGGGCCGUGUCCUACUUUGGACCGCCCUGCAUAGGGUUCAUCACUUCAGAACAGCUUGUGACCUUUGCAUGGGUGACAUCCAAAACCACUACUUUAGUUCUUUCCUGCUUUUAGUUUCCACUUUGUGUUACAAUUUCACGCUCAGAAAAUGGAAAAAAAUAACCAGUGGCUUUAUUUUUUAAACAAAGGCAACAUGAUAAUGCUUGUAAACUUUAUAACCACGUAGAAGUGAUAAGCUGAUAGGCCACGCCCACAAGAGACUGCCUAGUGUGAACACAGGAUUAGUUUAAACUUUAAGGAUAACGUAGCUACUGUGCCAAGUAAUGAUAGUUUGUCUCAUCCAGAUCUCCAAUCCAUAAAUGAAAAUUGUAAAUGAGGCUCAAUACAAAGACGAAUUAUAACUUUUUUUUUAAAACGAAAUGAAACAUUUCAUCGCCUGACAGAUGUAUUUGCACUUUUUUGGGUGAAACAGAUUUCCAUUAAUCGUUAAAUCUGAACUUGUCUUGGCUGAAUGACUGCAUUUAGGUUAAGAGGGACAUUGUGGAUGUUUCGUUUUUUGGUGAAAACACUCAUGACACUGCAUCAUGACUUUCUGAAAAUUUAUGCCUGGGAAGGGAAAAAAACUAAAGCCCUCUCCACUUGUUUGGAACGAACUGAAGUAAACGAAGCACUUUGAAAGAGAGGUGAAAGUAGAGGUGUGUGUGUUGGAAAUGAGCACAGAAAAGUCACGUGAAAAAGAAUGACAGCGUGCGUUAAUAUUCAGUGCUCAGUGACGUAGCCAACGUGUUUAUUCAUUCAUCUUCAGCAAAUGUGUUAUUCUGGUCAAAAUAAUUUGUCCAUAUAAUUAAAUAAAGUAGGUCAGAGUAAGAUUUCCUUCGUUCACACACACACCUCGGAAAGAGUUACGCUAAUCGAGAUGGUUUCUACAUUUCUUUCAUUUCACAUUUUUCUCAAAGUAACCAAUGAUGUUAAUAUUAUCGCUGAAACAGAACUGUGCUCGAAUUCCAUAUCAUUCAAAUCCUGAGAAAAAAAACAAAAUCUUCACUAUGAUUCUCAUGAGACAGUCACUUUAGAGUCACGUCACACAGACACAGGUAGUGCACGCGCUAACAGAAUACGUGACUGGUUUUAUUUUAAUACUGUGAUGUGUUUUGAGGAAACUGUGUCCAGAUUGAUGAAUAUUAAUGAGCCUGAUUAGCCUUAAACAAAUGAAGCAGUUCUGUUUAAGAGAUACAGCAUGUGUGUUGGUCCUCCAUGUCUUCGUUGCACUGUCACGUCUCCUACAGAGUGAGACCGUACAGAACGUGCUGGAGAUUAGACAUGUGCCAAUACAGUAGAUCGCAAAAAUAUUGGUAUUAAGGUCACUGCGUUGUUGUCCCACCCAGGGUGCGUAAGGACAGAGCGGUUUAGGUACCAAACGUUCCUUAUUGAGUUUAAGAAAGCUUAACAAAAUCCUGGUGGUUAUGAUGUCAUAUGAUUAAGCCCUGCUCUCACUGACGCUAAUUAACGCCUGUCAUGGUGGUACAGUGUUGUGCUAAUACCAUAAAAGGAUAAAAAUUUUGGAAAGAAUUUGUGAUGGAAAUGUUUAUUCACUGCACGUGUUUAAUCUCAACUCUGGGUCUGAAUACCGUCGAGAUUUUUGUCAUGUUUAUUAAAUUGGAUUUUAUUUUAGCUUGGAUGUCGAGUUGUAGCUGAAUUUUUUUAUCGUUAACGUUGCACAGUGUGUUUUGUAAAACAGUGUUUGAUUUGAUUUUUUUAAAAAAGUUGAUUAAUUUCAUGUACAAUUUGAUUUGCUCUGAUGGCAGUGUGAAUGCUUUACUUUAUAUCCGACUGUAACCAGCGCGCCUGAUGAUGGCGCCAUGGAUCCGGAUCACAGAACGUCCCAGAACAAGAAAUUAAUUUAAACCCGUAUGCAAAAAGAUUUAUAGAAUUUUAAAAAAGUCUCAGACAAUCAUUAUAAUAAUAAUAAAUAAAUAAAUGGUGCGGGACACUUUUGGAGUCUUGAAGGCUUAUUUCAUUUCAUCCAGUUCUCAUAAUGAUUCAUUGCUGCUUAUUUUCAUUGUUUCAUAUUAAAGUUGAUUUCUGUAA